GUAAACUAGCUUCAACAUUAACAUUUCCACUUGAUAUAUAUUCAAUAGGAGAUUUAAUUGAGCAAUGUAAAGAAUAUUUAAAAAAUGAAGAAGAGAUGGUGGAUUCAACAAUGAAACAAUAUAUUGAAAAAAGUGAAAUGGCUGUUGACUAUGUAAUGAAAAUGCGUGAUAAACAUUCAGUGUAUUGUACACAAUUAGAAUUAAGUUCAACAUGGGAAUUAUAUAUUCAAACAACAAUACUUGGCCUUUGCGAUACGCUUACUAAGACCCCUCACGUUUACCCUCACUCUUACCCUAACAUCGAGGAAGUAGAUUAA